AUGGUCCAGCACCCCUGCACACCCGCUCUGCGGCUGGCCACCCGGCCACGAGGCCUCGGGAGUCGCAUCAAGUCUGAUCAUCUCAAGCUGGUGCUGGUGGGGAUCCAGCCGAAGAAGGGAUUUACUCCGCUGUGCGCACCCGCACCCACCCCACUGCGGCGUCUGCAGCUGCACUGCCAGGGGACAGGGUGCCUGCAGGCUCAGCCCUUGCGAGGGGGCCGGUGCCGUGCUGCUGAUGUGCUGCUGUACCGACCCCACGAGCGUCCCUUUGCUUCCUCCACGGCGCGGGGGCUGCAGCCGCGGCCCCCCGCGCUGCUGCCGCUCCUCCUGCUGCUGCUGCCGCUGCUGCCCGGCCGCGCUGCCGGCCUGGAGGUGCAGCGCAAGUUCCUCUCGCCCACCCCCACCAACAACUUCGCCCUGGACGGCCCCGGCUCCCGCGUCUACCUGGCGGCCGUCAACCGGCUCUUCCAGCUGUCGGGGGGCGAGCUGGCGCUGGAGGCGGAGGCGGCGGUGGGGCCGGUGCUGGACAGCCCGCUCUGCCACGCACCGCAGCUGCCGCAGGCCUCCUGCGAGCACCCGAAGGUGCUCACCAACAACUACAACAAGAUCCUGCAGCCCGACCCCGAGCAGGGCGUCCUCGUCGUCUGCGGCUCCAUCUACCAGGGCCUCUGCCAGCUGCGCAGCAUGGCCAACAUCUCGGCGGUGGCCGUGCGCUUCCCGCCGGGCGGCAGCGACCCGGUCACCGUCUUCCCCAGCAUGCUGAACGUGGCGGCCAACCACCCUAACGCCUCCACCGUGGGGCUGGUGCUGCGCCGCGGCGGCGGCGGGGCGCGGCUGCUGGUGGCCGCCACCUACACCGGCUUCGGCAGCCCCUUCUUCCCCCGCAACACCAGCCUGGAGGACCACCGCUUCGAGAACACCCCCGAGAUCGCCAUCCGCGCCCUCAACGCCCGCGGCGACCUGGCCAAGCUCUUCACCUUCGACAUCAACCCCUCCGACGACAACAUCUUCAAGAUCAAGCAGGCCGCCAAGGCGCGGCACAAGCUCAGCUUCGUCCGCGCCUUCCUGCAGCGCGGCGCCGCGCCGCCCGCCCGCCGCCCCUACGCCUACCUGGCGCUCAACAGCGAGGCCAACGCGGGCGACAAGGAGAGCCCCUCGCACAGCCUGCUGGCCCGCAUCUGCCUGGGCGAGCCGGCCGAGGCCACCCUCAACGGCAGCGGCGAGACCAAGAAGCUGACCGAGUCCUACAUCCAGCUGGGGCUGCGCUGCGGCGGCGCCGCCGACGCCUUCACCCGGCUCGUCUCCGUCUUCCCGGCGCGGGCGGCCUGGAGCAGCCCCGCCGCCCCGGGCCCGGGCCCGCCGCCCGCCGAGGAGCUGCUCUUCGGCGUCUUCGAGCGGGCCGGGGCCGGCGGCGGCGGGGGGCGGCCGCAGUCCGCGCUCUGCGUCUUCCGCUUCUUUGUCCACGCUGGGCCCGAGGGGGUGGCACUGGGGGACCCGCGGGGGUUGCUGCGGCGCGCUGACCUGCCUGUCUCCCCACAGCUGCAGCCGGAGCAGCUGGACUGCGGAGCCGCGCACCUCCAGCACCCGCUGGCCAUCGUCAACCCUGUCACAGCCACCCCCGUCUUCACCUACAGUGGCCUCACCGCCGUGGCGGUGGCCAGCGUCAAUAACUACACCGUCGUCUUCCUGGGCACGGCCAGCGGAGGACUCCUGAAGAUUAAUCUGGACAGUACCAUGAAGGUUAUUAGCAGGAGAUCCAUUUCGGUGGCUUACGGAGAGCCUGUCCACCCCAUCAUGCAGUUUGACCCUUCUGAUUCCACCUACCUCUAUCUGAUGACCUCCCAUCAGAUGACGCGGGUGAAGGUGGCUGCCUGCAACCAGUACUCGACGUGCAGGGAGUGCCUGGCCGCUGCUGAUGCCUACUGCGGGUGGUGCACGAUGGAGACCAGGUGUUCUCUGCAGCGCGAGUGCACCAACUUCACAGGGGCCAACUUCUGGGCAAGCGCAAGUGAAGGAGUACAGCAGUGCCCUUCCAUGACCAUCCUGGAGCCCGAGAUUAAUAUCGACAAAGAGAACCCGGCCCUGAUAAUACAAAUAAAUGGAACUAUCCCCAACCUGAAUGGAACAAAUAUUUCAUGUGACUAUGGAAAUAAUAUCCACACGGUAGCCAGAGUUGCUGGAGAUUAUGUAAACCAAUUUAUUUAUUGCAGUUUACUUCCACGCGAGAAGUACCCAACGUUUCCAGAUGACCAAGACCACGUGGUUGUCGAAACUGCUCUUCGGGUCAACGGCAAAAACAUUAUCCGGGCCAGUUUCACCAUCUACGAUUGCAAAAGAACUGGAAACAUUUACCCGAAGAGAGCAUGCACCAGCUGCCUCUCCACCAGGUGGAAGUGUCACUGGUGCCCCUCCACCUACGCCUGUGUCUCCAACCACUCUCAGUGUGACGAUGCACUGCAGAUGAAGAAGAAAAUAGACUGUCCACGAAUUGUACCUGCCUCCCUGGACCCGAUGCCCACGGGAGUAUCUCGGGAUAUCACCAUCUCGCUGGCUAACGCCACCUUCUCUAAGGAGACAGCUCUGGAGUGCCACUUUGGGACAGAGAGGACGUUUGAAGCCCGGUGGGUGAACUCCUCGGCCGUGGAGUGUCUACACGUGCUGCUUCACACAUCAGAAAAAAGCCAUCUCUUCCCAGUGAACCUUCAGCUGAAGGACAGACCAGACAGAUUUAUCGACAGUCCAGAGACGAUGACAGUGGAGGUGUACAACUGUGCGACCGGCAGCGCCGACUGCUCUCAGUGCCUGGGCAGGGAGGACCUGGGUCACCGCUGCCUCUGGAGCGAGGGCAGCUCCAGCUGCAGGCUGCACAGCGAGCCCCCCCAGCUCUCCGACCUCUGCCCGCCGCCCGAGAUCCGCAAGAUCGAGCCGCUGCGCGGGCCGCUGGAGGGGGGCACACUGCUGACCAUCCGCGGGAGGAACCUGGGCCGACGCUUCAGCGACGUCCUGGGCGCCGUCAGGAUAGGCAGCGUGCAGUGCACCCCGCUGCCCCACAGAUACGUCGUCUCUGAGGCGAUCGUCUGCCAAACUGGAGAGGCUCAAGAGGCAUUUUCUGACGUGGUGACAGUCAACGUGAGCCGGGAAGGGAGGUCCAAGGAGCGGUACUCCUACGUGCUUCCCGUGGUGCAAUCCAUAGCUCCCCUGAAUGGCCCGAAGGCUGGAGGAACCAGAGUGACCAUCAGAGGCAGCAGGCUGGACGUCGGCUCUGAGCUCCGUGUCCUCGUCAAUACCUCCAAGCAGUGCACUGACCUCAGCCGCAACGACAGCACCAUCACUUGCACUAUGCCCUCUGCGGAACUCACCACCGCCGUGCGAGUCUGUGUCCAGUUUGAGAACAGGUCUUGUGCCAGCUACAACAUCACCUUCAAAUACGAGAAGAACCCGGUUAUAUCAGACAUCAACCCCAAAAAGAGUCAGAUCAGCGGGGGCAGGAUCAUCACCCUGGAAGGAAGAGGCUUUGAGCUGGUCCAGAACGUGUCCAUGGUGGUCCGUGGCAUCGGCAGAGAGCAAACGAACUGUAAGGUUCACACUGACACUGUGAUCACCUGCCCCUCUCCGGCUGCCUCCAACAUCACUGCAGGGAGCAAGCCCGCUCCCGUGGAUUUCUAUCUCAACGGCCGCCUCUAUGCGGAUGACCGUCCGGCUCUGGAUGAGGAGAUGUACCCCGAGGAGGCCUUGCACAUCAGCAAGUUCAGCCUGGAGUACUAUGCCGACCCCCAGUUCUUCACAGCCAAGAAGGAGAAGUGGAUCAAGCACCACCCUGGCGAGCCCUUGACUCUGGUUAUACAUAAAGAGCCUGACAGCCUGGGCCUGGAAAGCAAUGAGUACCAGGUGAAAAUUGGCCUUAUCUCGUGUGAGAUCCAGAUUGUUUCGGACAAAGUCAUCCACUGCUCUGUCAACGAGUCGCUGAGCACCUCGGAAAGACAGUUGCCAGUGACGAUCCAAGUUGGAAAGUUCAACUACACAAUUGCGAUGCUGCACCUUGGGGGAGGAGAGACUGCGAUCAUCGUCUCCAUUGUCAUCUGCAGCAUCUUGCUCGUCCUCUCUGUUGUAGCUCUCUUUGUGUUUUGCACAAAGAGCCGCAGAGCGGAGCGCUACUGGCAGAAAACCCUGCUCCAGAUGGAGGAGAUGGAGUCGCAGAUCCGGGAGGAAAUCCGCAAAGGUUUUGCAGAAUUGCAGACGGACAUGACAGACCUGACCAAGGAGUUAAACCGCAGCCAGGGGAUCCCGUUCCUGGAGUACAAGCACUUUGUCACCCGGACCUUCUUUCCCAAAUGUUCCUCGCUCUACGAGGAGUGCUACGUCCUGCCGUCCCAGCAGCUCAGCUCCCAGGUGGGCUCCCAGGCCCAGGAAACUCACCCGCUCCUGGUGGGAGAAUGGAAAAUCCCUGAAAACUGCAGGCCCAAUAUGGAAGAAGGAAUCUCGCUGUUCUCCACCUUACUCAACAACAGGCACUUUCUCAUCGUGUUUGUCCAUGCUCUCGAGCAACAGAAGGACUUUGCUGUUAGAGACAGAUGUAACCUGGCCUCCCUGCUUACUAUUGCCUUGCAUGGGAAACUGGAGUAUUACACCAGCAUCAUGAAGGACCUCUUGGUGGAUCUAAUAGAUGCUUCAGCUUCCAAAAACCCCAAGCUGAUGCUGAGGAGAACAGAAUCUGUGGUGGAGAAGAUGCUCACCAACUGGAUGUCCAUCUGCAUGUACAGCUAUCUCAGAGAGACAGUGGGAGAACCCUUCUUCCUGUUGAUCUGUGCCAUCAAGCAGCAGAUUAACAAAGGCUCCAUCGACGCCAUUACGGGGAAGGCCAGGUACACCCUCAAUGAGGAGUGGCUUCUGCGGGAGAACAUCGAGGCAAAGCCGAGGAACCUCAACGUCUCCUUCCAAGGCUGCGGGAUGGACUCUCUGAGCGUCAGGGCCAUGGACACAGACACGCUCAGCCAAGUGAAGGAGAAGAUUCUGGAGGCCUUCUGCAAAAACGUCCCCUACUCCCAGUGGCCAAGGGUGGAAGACGUCGACCUUGAGUGGUUCGCCACCAGCACCGACAGCUACAUCCUCCGGGACCUGGAUGACACCUCGGUGGUGGAGGACGGCAGGAAGAAGCUCAACACAUUAGCACAUUACAAGAUCCCCGAGGGUGCGUCCCUGGCCAUGAGUUUGUCGGACAAGAAGGACACCACACUGAGCAGAGUGAAGGAUUUGGACACUGAGAAGUACUUCCACUUGGUUCUCCCAACUGAUGAAUCAGUUGAACAUAAGAAGUCCCACAGACAGAGCCAUAGGAAGAAGGUCCUGCCAGAGAUCUACCUGACCAGGCUGCUCUCCACAAAGGGCACGCUGCAGAAGUUCCUGGAUGACUUGUUCAAAGCCAUUCUCAGCAUCCGAGAUGAUAAACCACCUGUGGCCGUGAAGUAUUUCUUUGACUUCCUGGAGGAGCAAGCAGAGAAAAGAGGGAUCACAGACCCUGACACUAUGCACAUCUGGAAGACCAACAGCCUACCUCUGAGGUUUUGGGUCAACAUCCUGAAGAACCCCCAGUUCGUCUUCGACAUUGACAAGACGGACCACAUCGACGCCUGUCUCUCUGUGAUCGCCCAGGCCUUCAUUGACGCCUGCUCCCUGUCUGACCUGCAGCUGGGCAAGGACUCCCCGACCAAUAAACUACUGUACGCCAAGGAGAUCCCCGAGUAUCGGAAGAUCGUGCAGCGAUACUACAAGCAGAUCCAUGACAUGCCCCCGCUCAGCGAGCAGGAAAUGAACGCCCACCUCGCAGAGGAGUCACGGAAAUACCGGAACGAAUUCAACACCAAUGUCGCCAUGGCUGAGAUAUACAAAUACGCCAAGAGAUACCGCUCCCAGAUCGUGGCCGCCCUGGACGCCAACCCCACCACAAAGCGCACCCAGCUCCAGCACAAGUUUGACCAAGUGAUUGCACUCAUGGAGGACAACAUCUACGAGUGCUGCAGUGAAGCCUAGGCCGACUGCAGCCCUGGGAGUGACUUUCUCCACAGCGCAGUGCCAUUGGGAACCCGCCUUCAGCCGUGGAUCGCCUCUGCCAGGACCAUUCUCAAGCCAGCCUCGUUGGGGGGUGGGCCUGGCCCAUGGCUUAAGACCUCCCUCUCCUAACAAGAAGCCACGAGACACCUUUCUGAGCAGCUCAAAACCUCUCUGGUCUGCGCUGUGGCACCCAUAAUUUAUUUGCUGUUGCCAGCCAGGAAUGGAGACAUGACGUUUGUGGCAGGCUCAGUUCACUACUUCCCUCUGAUCAGCGCCCGGUGGCUCCCCGCAUCCCUGUUUGUGGUUCCUUGGGAUGAGCGAGGGGGCCGCAGGAGCUGUAAGAAUAGACACAAGGCAGAAGGGUAGCCUCAGGGAGUAACUCGUGGAGACGGCAAAGGCCAUCAGAGCAACGCCUGAGCUCCCUUCCACACCAUCCUUCUGACAUCUUGUUUUUCCAACACCCCAGACUCUAUCAACUGUUCACUCUCUGCUGCAUUUUGUGUAUUUUUGUGCCUUUUAAUUUUUGUACUGUAUGUGUAAACAUAACCACUCCUCCAUCUGAGACUUGGGCAACAUGGGGAACUGGGGGCUGAGAUGAGGCGGUUGCUUUCCAAGUGGCUAAGGCAUGGUGAGAGCACUUUAUCCCCUGAGGGAGCGUGUUAAGGUGUUAAAAGGUGGAGGGAGGGCUGCUCCCCCUCCCCAGGUUCCCAGCUCUUCGUGCAGGAUGAGCUGCAGUUGCAGCGUGUGGGUGAACACCCCCUCACAGCCCACCUUUCAGCCCGCUGCCGCAGGCAUGGCCUCUGCCCAGGCGCAGGAGCCCAGGGGCAGUGGACACAGGGCAGGACGUCUGCCUGGCACCCCAGUCUCCCUGCGCACCCACGGCACGGCCCCAGUGAUGCCAGCAGGGGUGGGGUCCUGCUGACAGCCCCCCGACAGAGCGCCUUGAGCCACGUGCAGGGCCAAACACUGGGUAGCAUCCUCCCUCCCUCUGCCCCACAUGCUCCAGCAUCUCCCCAGUACCACCACCGAAAACAAGGUCAGUGUGACAGAGGUGUCUUCCUAAAGUAGCUUGUUCUGCUUGUGUUGGACCCAGCCUGCCAUGGUUGUCACCUGAGAGCAACCAGGAGAGCGACGUUUUGCUGCGUGUCCAGUCUCUUUUUUGGCUGUAAAGGCGAAGGGCUGGACGCCACGGCCCUGGCAGCACGAGGCUCCCACAGCCCAGCAGAGCGGCUCCGGCACCCCAGGCUGCAGACAGAGGCAGAAAGUGUCCCUUACGCUGGGGUCAGCAAGCAGGGACUCGCUGCCCAGACCUAGAAACUUCACUGCCAGCCCGUGGCAUCGACUCUGGGGCAAGCCCCCUGUCCCAGCUUGGUGGCCCAUUCUCCUUCCUGUCGACACUUUCGUCCUCUGUGCAGCCAGGGGGGCUGUGACUGAUGCACCACCCGGGCCCCUCUGUAGAGGCUGGACCACCGGCAGGGCCACGUGCCCAAAGCCAGCGCUCACACACAGGCAGACAGCCUGCCCCUGAAAGCUAAACCCAGCCGUAGCCACCGUGUUUCCAAACUGCCAAAUAGAAAAGGAAAAAAAAAAAAAGAGAAAAAGAAAAAAAGUUACUACCUCACUCCAGGCAGGGUGUAAGGUGAGCCUCCGCUACUCAUCCAGCUGGCAAGGAUGCAACCUGAUUUUACAUGACUUCGGUCCACCAGAACUCCUCCUGGGUGACUCACUGCCAUGGAGAGGUGGCCUCCAUCCCAUCAUUUCCAGUAAUGCCACAUUUGUCAGAAGUUGGAACAUCAGAAUCGUGUAUGUGUAUAUAGAUAUCUAUUUUAAAACAAAUGAUAGACAAAUGAUAGACUUUAUCCAGUAUGUUAAAGGGGGGAGGGGGAGGGAAGGGGAAGAACAGAGGUGUUUGUUUUUUUUUUUAAAAAAUGGAACUACAGAAAAAGUACAUACACUGUGGAGGUUUCAAUGUCUUUGCUGAGGAUGUGGCUUGAGAAUAGAAACUCUAAGAAUGUAGCUGGGCUACAUUUUAUUUUGAAAGUGAUUUCACAAAAAAAAAAAAGAAUCUUGAAUUUUUUUUUUCUUUUAGAAACUGUGAAUAGCUGCCAGAGAUAUAGGCAGGCCCAGCACAGGGAAGGCAAGGGUGAGAAGGACCAAGGUAGCAGAGAACGUAGAGCUUGGCUGCAGGUGGGGAAAGAGCCAUGGAGCAAGAGCCCCAUGUCGUUACAAGGAAGGGAUACAGGUGAGCUGAUUGUGUAGUUUGCCUCCAGGUGAUGUGUCUGGGCCAUAUAUUGGGGCCUAUUGCUUUAUUAUUUAAUUUUUUCCAAAGCAAAAAAAAAAAAAAAAAAGUAGUUGCUACAACCAUUUUAAAGGAACAACUUCAAUGGAGCAGAAGCUUGAGGGUUUGUAGUGUUGCCUUGAACCCCCGAGCCCUUUGUAACAUGUUUUUAAACUUUGGCACGUGUUGUGGGUGUAGUGCCCUUACCUGCUGUGUAGUGGAAGUGGCAGACUCUUGGAAAAGCCUAUCUUUGUAAUAAAACAAGGUGCUGAAACCUG